UCGGCAUCUUCCUCCACCCACCAACUGAAGAAGCAGCAAGGUGCGCGUACCCAGAACCCACCAACGCCUCUGGAUUCUCUUUUGAGUGCAGCAAGGUCAAUGAUGGAUAAUGAGGAAGAUGAGGAAGAGACUGUCAUUGGCACGAGGCGUUCACGAUCAAGCGAUAUACCUGACAGUCCUGUACCGAAACGCAGGAAAAUC